UGUUAUAAAAUUUUACAAGUACCGUGAGUCACCUCACCAGGUAAACUGACACACCAUACUAUGGAGAGACUACCUUUCUUUGUUGACAUCGUUAGGAUAAAGUACAGAAUUAUAAUAUCAAAAAAUUACACCAAAGAUGUGAGAGUAACUGAAAAAUUGAGUUUGGAGAAGAUGGGUUAGUGAUAGAUUUACAAUGGAAUGCUCUGAAAUACAAAAUAGUUGGAUUUGUCGAUCUUGCACAGCCAAAAAUUCAUCAGAUAUUGUUUCUUGCUUAGCAUGUAAACAAAAGCGACUAUUAGAUCCCUUUAGUUCUAGUUCUGUAUCAUUAAAGGAUGUAGAAUAUGUAGACUGUUUUUGUGAUAGCAAAGGAGCUAAACCAAAACAGAAAAAGUCUGAUAGUAACUCUGUAAAUCAGAAACCAUUAAAAUCAAGAGUACCACUAGCUAAUGUUACUGGUAAAACUAUUGAAACAGUAAUUGAUGUUGAAAGUUAUAGUCGUUGGCAAUGCGAAAAGUGCCCAAAUCUAAACGUUCAAAGUGUUCAAUUUUGUACUUCUUGUGGAGCAGGUAAAGAGAAAGAAGUGAUUUUGAUAAAUGAUGACGAUGACUAUACUGUAACUUAUAAUCAUAUUAAUACCGAGCAAACAACCGUGUUAAAAACACUUAAAAUGGCAGAUCAAACUGUUGCCAUGGAUAUAGAUUUAACUGUAGAUUGGCAAUGCAGACGAUGUACUUUGAAAAAUUCAGGGAAUAAAACUCGUUGUGACAUGUGUGAAUCUCCUCGGGAAAUUCGCCUGCCAACUGUAGAUGACGUGAAUGAAAUUUCUACAGUGGACUCUGGGUACAUGACCUCUAAUAGACGUGGUGAACCCGACGGCAUGGAGAAUGAAAUGUAUCCACAGAAAAAUGAACAAAAUUCUAAAAAUACAAAAGAUGAGCAUCCUCAGGCUCAUCGAAGUAUAUCAAAUCCAGUGACUGGAAAGGAAUGGACAUGCAUUGUAUGUAGUUUCGAUCAAAACCCAGACUUAAAUGAUCAGUGUCAAGUAUGUCGUGAUGGUAGAAAACCAACAAGCAAAUCUAAACAGUUUCAUGGCAGAGUAAGCAGUGAAUCACCUAGCCCUGCACAAAAGUUACCUUCUAUAGCACCUAGUAAAUCAUCUCCAAGGAAUUCUGCUCAGUCUAGUCAGAGUAACAGUGACCUAGUUUUGGAGGAUUGGACAUGUGCUAGGUGUACAAUGAAAAACAAAGCAAUUGCCAAAUCAUGUGCUAUGUGUUUUGCCAAGAAAUCAAAAGCGGCAUUAGUUGGUGACAAUGACUGGGUGUGUGCCAUGUGUACAUUGAAAAAUUCUAUUGGACAAUUAGUUUGUGAAGCUUGUGGAGAGAAGAAUGAAAAUGCACCUCCUUCUACAUCCUCUGGGAAUAAAAAAGGGGGAGUAACUCCUUCAAAUGAAAAAUCUGUGAUAAACAAGACUGAGCAAGCUAGAAAGAAUUUGCAUAAAACUGGGUCAAGUAAAAGCUUGGAUUUAGACAUGAACAAGACUGAAAAUGUUAAAGAGAGAAACAAAGGAUCAAACAAAAGUGACGGGCUUGAUAUUCUUAAUUUAGAAAAAUAUAAAAUAAAAAAUGGUGUUCAAAGCAAAGAUCAAUAUUUAGAGAAAAAAUCAAUUACAAGAACACCUGAACAAGAACCAAGUCGAAAGAUAGAAGAGAAAAAGAACACAAGUCUAGAUAAGUUAAGAAAGGACAAAAGUUUAGAAAAGGACAAAAAAGAUAAAAGUUUAGAGAAGAAGAACAAAAAUUCAUUAGAAAAAGAUAAAAAGAACAAAACCCCAGAUAAAGGAAAGUUCAGUCUGGAAAAAGAACAAAAGUGGAAGUGCUCUGCAUGUACCUUUCAAAACCAUGCAAACUUGGUGCAGUGUAUGAUGUGUGGGACAAUGAAAGGUUUAGAAGGGUCAGGUCUACCUUCUGUUGGUUCUUUACAGAAACAACAAAGUACUCUGAUGGAUGAUAUUAGAAAGACAGAAGAGAAUGAUGCAUUAGAACUGUGGCAGCAUAUAACGUUAUUCUGUAAACAGAAUAAUGAACAGUUUAUAGAUGAUUCAUUCCCUCCGACCUCUAAAUCAUUAUUUUGUGAUGAGACCCAGCCUUUUACUAACACACCUAUAGUAUGGAGUCGUCCUAAAGAUGUUGCUGCUGCCCCUGGGGAGGGGAAGAUAGGAUGGAAGAUUUACAGAACACCUAUGCCAGAGGAUAUAUCUCAGGGAGUCUUAGGAAACUGUUGGUUUUUGAGUGCCUUAGCAGUAUUAGCAGAAAGACCAAACUUGGUAGAAAACAUUAUAUUAACAAAGGAAUAUUGUCCUCAUGGGGCAUACCAAGUUCGGUUAUGUAAGGACGGCAAGUGGCAGAUAGUUCUAAUUGAUGAUCUCUUACCAUGUGGAAUGCAUAAUAACCUGGUUUUCUCACAGGCCAAGAGAAAACAAUUAUGGGUUGCCUUAAUAGAGAAGGCAAUGGCAAAGCUCCAUGGUUGUUACGAAUCAUUGGUGGCAGGCAAAUGUAUAGAAGGGUUGUCUACCCUGACUGGUGCUCCUUGUGAAAGUAUUGAACUUCAGCGUAAAGACAGAGAAGAAGAAAUUGACCCUGAUAUGAUAUGGGCUAGAUUAUUGAGUUCUAGAGAAUCUGGGUUUCUGAUGGGAGCAUCGUGUGGAGGAGGGACAAUGAAGACAGACGAAGAAGUGUAUGAGAACUUAGGACUACGACCAAGACAUGCUUACUCCAUCUUAGAUGUACAAAAUAUAGAAACUAAUAGGUUGAUAAGACUUAGAAAUCCAUGGGGACGAUUUUCCUGGAUGGGAGACUGGUCAGACAAAUCUCCAUUGUGGAAUAAGAUAAGUUCAGCUGCUAGAGAGGAGAUUAUGUUACAUGGUGGUACAGAGGGGGUAUUCUGGAUCUCAUUAGAAGAUUUACUCAAAUAUUUCGACAGUGUAGAUAUCUGUAAGGUUAGACCUGACUGGAGAGAGACGAGGGUUGAUGGAACGUUUCCUGUAAAUGCUCGAGAGGACUUUAAGAUGGUUAGAUUAACUGUAUUUUAUACAUCAGAAGUUGAAGUUGGGGUCUUCCAGGAAGGUGUGAGAGGAAACGGUAAUGGUAAACAGUCAACAGCUGACCUCAGUGUUCUGAUACUCAGGGACUCCUCUAGCCCAACUCAAGCCUUUGGACCUUUGGUAACCAGUAGUAAGCGACAGCUGAAGAGUUUUGUUGGAUGUCGAGCUAUGUUAGAACCAGGGGAAUAUGUGGUUGUUACUCUUGCCUUCAAUAUAUGGACACUAAGUACCAAACCUCCAGCACAGAGAUGUAAUUAUGUGAUGUCCAUACACAGUUCUAAAGCAUUGAUGGUAGAGGAAGUUAUUACAAAGACAAGGAAAUAUGAAUAUGCAUUAGCUGAUGCCAUAUAUCAACUGGCUAUUUGUAAAGGACAGAGAGAAGGGAUUCGAGAAACAGUGACAGUGUAUUCCUUGAUGCAAGGAUGGUCAGGUGGUCUAUAUGUAGUGGAGAAUCGAUCCCCUGACAGAUCUAUACAUGUACAGUGUGACUGUAAAGAGAGUACUAAUGUUGUAUCAACCAGAGGCAACCUGACAUCUGUAGAUUCUAUACCUCCUCUUCACAGACAAGUUAUAAUGAUUUUAACACAACUGGAAAGAACAGCACCCUUCCAUGUAUCAAGACGACUUCUACAUCGGAUGAACAUGACACCCACAGGACUUGGAAACUGGGCGCCACCUGGUGUUAAUCAUGAACCAUGUUUGACAUUGAAUGUAGAAAGUCUCCAUGCACCAAGACCAUUGUAGUGAACAACUUUUAAAUGCAAUACAAUAUAAAGUGUAAAAAAUUCACUAGAACUGCUGUAAUACCAUUGUCUUGUUAUAAAUUAUAAAAUCAGUUAAAAAUUAUCUUUUAUGUGAAAAGGUAAACCUGUUAAGAGUCACGGUGCCAAUCUAAUAUCAGAACCAGUACCUGUGACACAUCCCAAUGAAGAUUCAGUUUAGACGGUUUACUUUCUAUAAUUUUCAUCUGUCUACACCAUUUAAAUGUUGAAUCAAAGUGAUUAUUUACAUGAGUAGAGUUAUUAUAUAAUCGUUGAUAUGCAAAAUUAAGGAGGCACAAUAUCAGCAGUAAAAUCUGCCUAAACUUGGAAGAAAUAUUGGGAACAAUAUAUUAAAAAAAUACCUCAGAAAAGGCAACUGUGCAAUUAUUUCUAAAAUUAAAAAAAACAAAACCAUAAUCAUUUAAUAUCAAACUAAUCAGAUAUGCAAAGUUCAAAUCAGAAGUAUUGCAAUAUACCAUUUAUUGAAAUUCAUAAUUUUCAAGGAGAGAAAGUAAGAUCAUGGAUACAAUCCAAUCACUAGGUUAGAUCUCAGUUUUAUUUUAAUCAUAUCAAGAUAUAUCAUAUGAUGUGUAAAUAAAUUACUAUGAUUCACAGAAGCACAGCACCUGUGUUUCUUUUAGAAAUAUUUAGAAAUAAUCUCUCUUAGAUUUGUCAUCAUGAGUUGUGUCCCUUGUUAUUGUUGUUUCUUUAGUUGAUAAUUGUUUGAAUGUUCACUGCUGCCUUAUUAAGUAUAAAUUGUGAUUAUAUAGUGUCAGAUUACCCAUAUUUUUUCAGUAUUUAAAAGAUGUUUAGUUAUUAUCUCAGGUUUUAAAGAUGUUUAAUGUAGCAAUAGGUCACAAGUGGAAAACUAUUUGAAAUUCUAUCUAAAUAUUUGAUUUUUAACCACUUGUUUUCAAAUUAUUGUCAAGUGAUUUCUUUUCUGAAUUUGAGAAAGCAUACAGUAUAAAAAAAAUAAAUGACUUUUUAUAAAAAAUAAUUUUUAAAAAUGUAGUUUUUACUAAAGAUUAUUCUGUUUUAAAUGGGAAAAAUUUUAUGAAAAUUAUGACAAUUGGGAAAGAAAUCCCUUCACAAUAAGCUUUAGAAAAUUUGUGUGAUUUCAAAUGAAAUAUGAAAGGCUUCUUAUGAAUGACAAAAUGCUACAGGAUCUGAUUAGUAUUUGAGGACAUGGUAAACAUCAUUCUAUAUACUUUUAUAAGAAAAAUACUCUGUUGAUGUUAUGUUUACCUUCUCAUUUGGAUUUGUAACAAGUAACAGAAAGUACCAGUAUGUAGAUAUAUCUAUUAUUUAAUGUCAUGAAAUUACCAAUUUUUAUAAUGUCUUGAAACUACCAAUUUUUGUAAUGUCAUCAAAUUACAGAUUUUUAUAAUGUCAUGAAAUUACCAAUUUUUGUGAUCAAAUGCACAUAAUAUUUCACUUAUUAGUUCUGAACUUUUUGCCUUUUUCUUUUAAAUAGAUCCAUCCCAUCUCUGUCAAUAUGAAGACUUAAUUGUUUAAAAGAAAUCUAAAUAAUUGAACACUAAUUGUCUGUUAUUUAUGUUUAAAUAACUCAAUAGUAAUUCAAAAUUGCUUUGGUGUUUAAACUGGUUUGUCCCACAACUGUCGUGUGAUGAACACUUGUAUUAAAUCAUGACUUUUUUCAUCUUUUCCAUGGAAUGUUUUCAUGUUUUCUUAUGUAUUAUUUUAUACAAUAUAUGGAGAUUCUUUAUAAAUGUAAAUUUUGUUUUCAUGAAAAAUAUAAGUUUGAAACAUUUAUAUUCAUAGGAAUGUUUUACUACCGUAGAAAGGCUUGUAUAGUCCGCGGUUUUUGUCUCCAAAAUUGGACCUUCCAGACGGGGUGCGGACUAUAGAGUACAAUAAGCAAGAAAUAUGAGAAAAAUUUCAAUUUCGCAGGCGAGGUGGUUUGUUUACGUUCCGCCAUCUUUGUUAUUUAUAUUGUAGAGGGCGCUCUUAUCAUUUUUCAAACUAAUAAUUUUAACUCAUCCAUAUUAAUAAGUUAUUUCUAUUCAAUAUCAAAUUAAUACUGAUAAAUAUAAAAACUAAACCUUUCAUUACAAAUUUCUCGUUUCUUUUCAAUGCAUUGGUUGAAAUAAACUGGUAUCUGCUUGAUUGAAACGAUACAAACAUAGUGAAAAAGACAACCGUAAACCAGCUUAGAAUUUGUAAACUACAAAACGUAAUCGGUUAUUGUUCGUUCCGUUUUGGUGUUUCAUACUGACUAAUAUGGUUUGUAUUAGCUUAAGACCCUUCAAACAUUAAUGUGAUAGAUAUAUUAAAGACUGUUUUACAAAAGGAUGGAACUGUUUUACUUUCAAAGUCGUAUUAUAGUGAUAUCUGUUAUGUACGGAUUUCGACUCUCACCGGUUAAUUUCUUCUUUUACACGUGCUUUUUAAACUUCCUGUUUAAACAUACACAGGUUUCUAAAUUGUUUUUUUAAGUGAAUUAAACUUAUUUUAACAAUCAUGAAGCGUUCUAGAAUCAUUUACAAGCAGUUUCAGCUUCUGUUUGAUGAUGGAAAACAGAUUUUUCCAAGAAAAUAACGCAAACGACCGCACAGGAUUUGAAAUUACCGGAGUUUCAUAAGACCUUUUCUAACAGUUACAAAAAGUUUUUUUACCUAAAAUUUCGUGGGGAGAAGGGGGUGCGGACUAUGUGCCAGUGCGAACUAUACAAGCCUUUCUACGGUAUGUGUUAUGAAGAUGGAGAAACUAUUUACUGUAAUUCUGAAAUAACUGUGUGCAUUUAAUAAUGUGAUUGUUUGUCAACAGACAUAAAAGCCUUUAUAGAAUUCAGGAACAAACAAAUAUGAAAAAAGACAUCACAAACAUUCAGAAUUUACUGUAUUUGUAAAAACUGAUAUUGAAAAACAUUGCCUGUAAAAACUUAGUGAGGAUUUUUCCGAAUGGGGUUUGUAUUGAAUUAUCUUUAAUGUUAUUUGAUGAAUGAAUUAUAAACUUAGUUUCUUUCUUUUAAAAAUUGUAAAUCUUUAUUUAGCAUUAAAACUUACAUUUGUGCGAUAAUCUGUGAUAUAUGUUUUAUUACCAUGACAAUUUUAUGAAUGUCAUUUUAAGGUUAGAAUUAAACAGUUUGAAAUGAAAAUUUUUAAAGUGCAAAAGCAUGUGAAUGAAAAAAAUAGUUCACAUAAUAUUGAAAUAAGAUAUAUACAUCAUUUUGGAAUUUUAAUUUAAUUUGUAUGUCAUGUAUGAUGACAAAGAUAGUAGGUCAACGUUUCAGGCUAAUCAGUUAUUGUGCCAUGUAGCUUUAUUUUGAUAUUAUUGAAACAUUUCAUAGGGUAAAAUUUUAAGAUAGAAAUAACAAGUAUUUAAGAAAACUUUUUAAAAGAACUUGAGUGUAAAUUUCAAUUAAAAAUAAUUAAUAUUUUAAUAUGCAUUUGAAAUUGUACAUAGAAGGAAUUAACUUGAAUCUGAAUUGAUGCAUUUAAUUUUUCAUUUGCCAUAGAGUGUGCAAUAUGAAUUAGGUGUUGGCUAUCCCAUUAAAAUGUAUGGGGGAAAGUAGGAAGGCACUUCCUUCACCUCCUACCCACAGGCAACACACUUGCUUUGAUUAAUUUUACAUAUACUAAAUGGACUAACAACCAUAAAUGUCCAACAGAUUAUGUCAAAAAAAUAAACUUCCUUUCCUAUCCUCCCUCAUUCAGUUGAAUGGAAUAGCCCUAAGUUUUCUUGAGUUAUUAUUUCAAUAUAUGUUUUAUUUUAUGGGUGCAAUUUGAAGUUGAUUUUGGUCAUUUUUCAUCUCAUGGCAUCAUAAAAUUUUCAAUUACCAUAAAAUCUGAGGUAAAAUGUCUCCAAACUUGUACAGUUUAUCUAACUGCAACAUUGUCUUCAGAUAAAGUAAUGUAAAGCAUACAGGAUUUGUUAGUCUUAUAUUUACUAUGGCAGGUCAUCAAAUAAAACUAAAUUGGUUGAAUUUAUUUCCCUGAUGAAAAAAAAAGUAUAGAAAAGGGGUAUUAUUUGAGUUUUCAAUGUUGUGGACUGCUAUUUGUCUUGUGAAAUUUUGUAUGCAUUUAGAACUUGUUGAAAUGAAUUUGAUUUAUGUUGCAUUUAUAUUUCUAGAAAUACAAUGAAUUUUAAAUUUGUAAAAUUUGUGGUAUAAUUAUUUAGAAUUCGUGUAAUAGGAGUGCCAUAAAAAGGAAUUACUUUGACUUUUAAAUGGAAUUGUUUUUAAAUUUUGAUCUUUGUUUAAAAAUAUUGUUAUUACUAUGAGCACUGCUGUUUUAAUGAUAUGAAAAUUAUGAGAUUAAAGUAUUCAGAUGCAGUUCCAUGAGUUUAAAAUGAAUCAAAUAUUCAUAAAAAACACUCAAUAAUGUAUAUUUUGCCUAAAUUUAGAAAUUUUAUGUAAAUAUCAGACUGCAUAGAAAUUGAAAAAUGUACUUCAACCAUUCUAUUUACAGAUUAAAACAUUUUUUAUGCCCCAGCCAUAGCGGAGGGGGCAUUAAGUUUUACCCUUGUCCGUCUGUACGUACGUGCGUACGUCCCAAAAUUGGUUUCCGUUCUCUAACUUGAGUUUGCCUCAACCAAAUGUUAGGAAACUUAUAGACAAUGCUUAUUACCACAAAACACAGAUCAAGUUUGAAUUUUGGUGGCGUCACUUUAACUGUUCUAGAGUUAUGCCCUUUAUAAAUGGAAAAAUUGUAAAAUUUUUAGUUUCUGUUCUCCAACUUAAAGGGAAACUCCGCAAAAAAAUGAAAAAUUGAUAUUUUGUUCUUUAAGCAUAAAAAACCACAUGUUCAUAAAUAAAAAACUUUUAUUCUCUAUGUAAAGAGAUCAAAAUCGAUUUUUGAAAUUCACUAUCAGUUCUCGACAUAUCGCCAUCUUGUCGGCAUGUUCGAUCUAAAAAGUCACGUGAUAUCUAUAAACCACAAAGAACAAAAAGAAUCGGGGAUUUACCGACCGUGCGUUAAAACUCCCAUCAUCAAUUGGGGAUUACCGUAGACGGUUAUUCAGUGUCAAAUGUCUUGUCAAGCGUACGGUUGUUCUGUCAGACAAGGUUAUGACAAAAGUCUACAUAGUUUUCCCAAUCCCACAAAAAAUGAAAGAAUUGUAUGAGACAUGGUUGUACAACCUUAAAUUAACAGCAAAUAGUUGCAUCUAUAGCAAGCACAAGUUGGUGUUUGAAGACCAUUUUGAACAAUAUUGUUUCGAGGGAGAUUCGAUGGUAUUUAUCCCUUUUUAAUAAAAAAAAAAAUUAUAGAUUUGAUGAGGAAGAACAGUUUCAAUUAUAAGAAAGACAAAUGCAGUGUUCUUGUAACAAUCACUGAUUUACAGAAGAUUCAUUAGUAUGCCUCUUUUAUAUAAAGUGCAUUGAUUUGUAUAAAGAAUAGUUCCGUAUUUAGACAAGAUAAUUUUUCAAUUAAUAAAGUUAUACGAUAUAAAAUAAUUUUUUUUUAAUUAUGAUAUUUAACGGCUAUUGACAAGGAGCAAUGUUAGGAAGAGGUUUUAGCUGGGACAUAAUAUGUUGAUAUAGUAUAAUAUUCCAAGGUUAUAGAUAUGUAAAUAACGAAAUAUCGGACAUCUCAAUUUUUUUUAUUAAAAGUGGUUUUUUUAACUAAUCUUUAAAUUAUAUCAAAUUGAUACGGGAUCUAUUCGGAACGGUCACUUAUAAAGACACUUAGCUUUACAGUUAAAUGUGUGACUCUAUCUGGUAUGUUCGGUGAAAAAUUUAUAGUUUUUUUUUCUGUUUAAAUUAUAUUUACGUUAUCUUAUUAUGUAUAUAUUUUGGCUUCCUCCCGAAUUGAUAAUAGGUAUGUCAGAAUUAUUGAUAGAUGUCGUGUCAGAGCGACACAUUCAGUUAGGUAUUCAAAGGACGUAUAUUAGAUACACGUCCCUGGGUAUUCCAGUGACAUCCUGUCAACUAAAAAUUCGUAUUACACAAUUAUAUAAUACAGGUUCAUGCAUGGCCUCUUUAUUGAGGUACCCGGUGUGCACAGGUAACAUUUAUUGAACCAUAUAUUUGUGUCUAACGUUGUUUAUCUUGUGUGUGUUUGAAAUUAUAAUUCCACCUUUUAAUGAAUGAUGUUCGGAUAAUAAUAUUAUCCACUAUUUUUGCUGAUAAUAAGUUUAAAAAAAUUAUAAACAUGACCUUUGAACAUUUGAAAUGAAUAUUGUUUUGUCAUGAUUCUGGACCAUAUUUUUGAGAAAAAAAAAUUCUUCACGCAAAUACAAGCUUUUGUCGAUUGACAAACAUGCAGAUAUAUAAAGUAAUGCAGCACUUAUAGUCACUAUCAAUAUUAAUUCAUUGAAGAUAAGAGAGCCCCUUCUAUGUCUAAUGUCUCUAUCUUUAUAAGGAUUAGGACGACAUGGGAAAAAGGAGCGGAGAUAGAGUGGCAUAGUGAAAAAAAAUAACCGAAUAGAGAACAAUAUAGAGAAUGAUCGACGAAAAGCGAAAUAAUUAUUGUAAAGGAGCGGAGAUAAAGAGAGGCAUGGUGAAAAAAAAUGUUUGCUUGACAAAGUUAUUGCUCGCUUUGAUAUUUUUAGUUAUACAAAAUCACACAUCGUGUACCUAAUUGGUAUUCACGUGCACUAACUUGAUGCUUGGAACAGUAUAUUAAUAUAUAUGUUCCUGCUUGAUGUGUAAAGUUUCUGCAUAGCAUGGUUAAAAAUAAUUAGUAUCCAAUUUGUUAUAUCGUAGUGUCACGGUGUUACUUUGUUAAAUUUAUUUAGUUUGUUAAUGAUUGUGUAAAUAAGAAUAAAUCUGUAUAAAACUUCAUACCAUUUUAGUGAUUGCCUAUAGGCGUUUGAUUAUUGUUACAUUUAAGAUAUAUAUAUAUAUUUAGAACCUUUCAUACAUCUUAAAGUAAAAGAUGUGUGUCAGAGUUAAACGACACAAGAACCCUGUAAUACUAGUACGAGAGUAUAGCAUGUAAAAAUUCCUACUCAAUAUGGUUGUAUUGGAAAUCUUUUCAUACAGAUUGACAACUCAUGGUCCGACAUGCAUGUAAUAUUUGCCACAUGACGCUCAUAGUUCUUUCUACCAUCAUCAUCUUAUUCAUUAAAUAUUGCUGUAAACAUCGAUGGUUCACACCCAAACAAAAUGGGAGUAAUAUACCUUCAGAUCUUUUCCGUGGUAUACACUUGUGAAAUAUAUAGACGAAAUUCGGUAUUGAAGUGAAUCUACAUCUCACAAACACAAUUUUUGAAUUACGAUUUUGAGUGAACACCCACCAAACCAAUACAAACGUAUGGCAAGAUAUAACCAUGCAGGCAUUUAGUUUUCGUCAGUCACAAGAUAAAUAAUCACUCUCAUAAACGUAUAUAUGCAUGCAGUUUCAAAUAUCAAGAACAAGCGAUCGAUGUCUAUAAAUCAUUGUUAAGUCCGUUUUCUAACUGUUCAGAGUCAGACAUGUCAAUAGUUCAUUCUUGGAACCUUCAUAUACCCCAUCCGACGAUGGGAACUCUUUCUGGUAGUGUUGACAACAUAAGCUUGUUUAUCUGUACAAGUGGUUGCAUGGCCUCUCCUGCCCCAUCAAACAAAUACGCUACUAGUCUGCUAUCUCUGGAGCUCAUCCUCAAUGGCGCAUAUACGUUAGGAAACUUACAAGGAUACUAGUAAAGAUUUUUUCAAGAACAACGAGGUUGGGACGAACUGUUCUAAAAUCGUCAAUAUCAGUAAUACAUUACUAAGAUAUGCCUUUAAUUAUAACAACUGUAUUACUAAUUUGGAUUAAUGACGGCUAUCCUAAAAAAAAUCCUCAAACAAAUUAAUGUAUUAGCUUAGAUUUAUAAUGUAUGUAUAUUCAUUAAUGAAAUAAACGAUAAUUGGUAUUCUUUUCACAAAUAAUUUGUCUAAGGGAUUGUCAAAUGAAUUAAUUAUGUAAGAAUGAAAUGUUAAUAAGAAAAUUAAAAAAAAUCAUGCAUGU